AUGGGACCAGCAGAGACACCAUCCUCACCCGCCUUCCCUGCCCUGGACCCCAUCAUCAUGGACGACGAGAUGGAGUCCACCUUCCGCAACGCCAACAUGGACUUUCUCGACCCAUCCAAACUUGAUAUGCCCUCAGAGUCUGCCGGAGGGGACUUUGACGAUUUGUUCUCCCAUGUCACCCAUUCUCGCCCUCACGGGGCUCCAGAGUCGUCAAAGCGCUACCGCGACCAGCACCCCCUGAGGCAACAACCGAUUAUGACCGCCGAUUCCCCUGCAGAGUCGCCUGAAAACUCGAGUCGCAGUUCGUCAUCUGAAUCUCCGCGAAACCACUUGCGCCACGCCUCCAUCGCAUCCACCAACUCCGCCGCCCAUAGUGAGAACCCGCACAUUUCGACAGGAUUUGCGGCAGAAGACUGGAUGCGCCCCGAUCUUUCGUCCGUUAAAGAGGAAUCGCCCUUCACGAUAGAUCCGUCAUAUCCUAUGGAUGGCGGUGUUUCCAUGGAUCACCCCGACUUGGAGUUUAGCAACAAGGCCAUGGAUGCCGCGUUUGACUUUGAGAGUGCGGCAAGCAGUCCCAGUCCAUUGAAGACGGAGAACGCACCUCAACUUAACGGGCACAAGAAAUCUAAACAGCAGAUUUGGAGUCCGUCCAAUGUUUCGGCUGUUCCACCAUCUAAUGAUGUACAGACCGCAUCUUCGGUUUCCCAGGGUGCAAGCCAAUUCUACCCAUUUGGAUACAAGGAACAGUCUCCCUUUGGAGGUCAAUUCACCAAUGGCACUGACAGAUUGUCUGCACCCCAGUGGUCUGGUCAAUCUCCGUCAUCAUUGUUGGAGGAAAGCUUUGGAGGCAUCAAUAUGAAUGGACAGUCUCCGAUGAAUGCUUCCAUGUCACCAAACAUGAACUUUGGCUCGCCCAGCGCUUUUCCAUUCCCGGCCAACUUCGCAUCUUCACCGGCUCAACCGCAGAUGGAAGCCGCCAACUCCGCACAGCCUGUGUUGACCGUUCACCCCACCUCCCUUAAAUCGCGUGUCGAAACCCAAAUCCCAAUUCGCUUGACACUUUCUCCGCUGCCGGCCGGCGUAAAGAAGUUGCGCCUCCCCUCACACACCAUCUCCAAACUCAAAUUCCUCGCCCCUCCCUCCACUGAAUCUACCCCCGACACCCUCCAAUUAUACACGAGUUUGGUGUGUACGAGUGCAAUGCAGGAUCGAGACAAGCUGAAACGGGCAUUUGCACGCACCCGUGGCGAAAGAAAUCCCGCAGGCGCAAACGGAACGGAGGAAGAACGUCCAUUGGAUGGUGGAGAUGUCAAGAUCUGCACGGGCUGUAUCCAACGAGAGCGGAAGCGUGCUUCUCGGAAGAAGCAACGAAAGCCUGAAGAGGAUGAGCUCUUCCAAAAGGAUGAGGAGAAGCGUGUCAUUGUAUUCAACACCAGCGAAAUCAAAGAGUGGACUGAGCCACCCAAGACCGCUGGUGUCGGUUACGGUGAAAUGCCUCCGGACCCUCCGGGAUCCAUGCAGGUUGAACUGCCCAUGCGAAUUGCUUGCUACUGUCGACACCAGAACGAGAAGCUCGGAUUCCAGGUCAUCUUCACUGUUAAAGAUCAUUUGGACAACGUUGUGGCGCAGGCGAUCACCAACUCCAUUAUGAUUACGGAUGACCACAAGACACAAGCACCUUCUGCUCCCCCAGCAGCUGGCCCUUCGCCCUCUCUGCCGGAUGGAAGUCAGUUGCCGGGUGUCGGGGUCUUUUCAUCGGGCGACAAUGGCAAAACUACAAAUGGUGCAUUCGCAUCCCCACAGUCUCCCACAGACCUCCAGGGCCUCCAGCAAAGGUUCAAUUCUCAGUAUCAGCUCACUCCCAGCUCUUUUGCUCCGGCUCAAGCAGUCCCCAGUGGCGUGCCCUCGAAUUCUCAAACGCCUCGAAACCUGUCUCGACAGGCGUCGCCUACCGACUUCCAGGGCCCGCAGACUAAGCGACGGAAGCAUAGCAGCUCCGGCCGACUUCCUUCAGAGUUGACCAUGACUCGAAUGGAGACACCUCAGUCAUCUAGCUCGGCUAUGAGUAAUGCUGCACAGCUUGCGGCAGCUCGUGGCUUCGCCUCACCAACUGAACGGCCAUUCGUGGCCCCGUCGUCAAUGUCUGGGCAAUACGGCAAUGGACCCCCCACCCCGAACCAGAGCAAUGACAACAAUCCCUUCUUCAACCCGACGCCUGCUCAACGACAGAGCCUGGAUAGCCUGGCUCAGCAAAACUUGGUUUCUGCGCCAAACUCUGCUCACCCUAGCCGUCCUGGAACUCCCGGCGCAUCUGGCCGUAAUGCUUUCCAGGACCAGAAUCUUGCGCUCGCGCUCGGUGCUACGUCUGCGAAUCAGAUAUGGCCUUCUCUCGCAACCACUCCAAACCGGUUGCCCUCCGUCAUUCACAAAUUGGUCCCUGCCGAGGGUUCAAUCACUGGAGGUACAGAAGUCACCCUGUUGGGAAGUGGCUUCUAUCCCGGCAUGGAGGUGGUCUUUGGCGAUACAUUGGCAACUACUACUACCUUCUGGGGUGACAAGUGCCUCAACUGCCUCACCCCUCCCGCUCUCCAGCCAGGAUUGGUGUCGGUGGUCUUCAAGCACGAGCAUCCUACUUUUGGACAAGUGCAGCAGCCUCAACCGCUCAUGCCCAAACAGCAACUUUUCUUCCGAUAUGUUGAUGAUCGUGAGCUCCAGAUGUAUCGCCUGGCUCUCAACAUUCUUGGACAGAAGUUGGGUAGCCAAGCGGAUGCAUUCCAAACGGCCCAACAGAUUAUGGGAAGCGACCCGAACGCUAUCUUCAAUAUGCAGAAGGACAUGCAAGGUGGUGGUUCCUCUGGCGGUCACCAACGCCAGGUGCCCGGGCACGAGUCUCAAGGCAAGCUUAGCGAUCUUGACUCCAAGAUGCUGACCUACCUCGAGUACAUUGACCUCGACGACAACCCUCGGCCGCCGCGCUACAACUCUCGUAGCGCCACGGGCCAGUCUCUUCUUCAUUUCGCAGCUUCGUUGGGUCUGACUCGAUUUGUCGCGGGCCUAUUGGCACGUGGUGCAAACCCCGAUGUACAGGAUAACACUGGCAAUGCGCCCAUGCACUUGGCUGCGCUUCACGGUCAUGCCCACAUCGUUAACCGACUUCGCCUGGCAGGUGCCAAUGCCAAUGCUCGUAGCGUGCGUGGCUUCACUCCUGCAGACUUGGCGACAACCCUCCCUGCCCACCAGGCUGCUCUUCUCCCCUCUCGCCACUACCGCUCGCGUAGCGUUGGAUCCCUCACAUCGCGUCGGAGACGCAGCAGCUCUGCUUCUCUCAAUUCACUUUGGGAGGCGUCGUCGGCAUCGGGCUCACUGGGUCAUACUGUCGAUGAUUCGGAAGAGCUUGAUGACAGUGAAGAGAUUGACAGCGAUGAUUCCGAAGCUCCCCUGUUCUUCAGUGCUUCCCGGCGGUCAAGUAUGCACCAAGAUGCUAUUCCCCCCGUUGUGGACGGUGGUGAGCAGCCUGCUGCACCCGAUGCGCGCGGGUUCACCACGGCAGCAAUCGUUGCCUGGCGUAACCACCUUGCGGGGCAGAUCAAUCAGUUCCAGCAGAGCGUGGCCAAUGCCUUCCCCAACAUUCCUGCGUUGCCUCCUAUGCCCGCUAUGCCUACUAUGCCUGCUAUGCCCGCUAUGCCGGACUACCAGGCCAAUCACAUGAUGCGUCGCAUCACAAACCUCGUACCUCAUCGACCCACGGCUCGAGACGGAUGGUGGGAUUUGCUGAAGGGGAACAACACUGCCGCUCAAACCCAGAACCAGCCGCCUUCGUACGAUGAGUUAUAUCCGCACCAGCAAGAUGAUGCAGAGGCGACGGAGCUGAAGAAAUCAUCUCUCUUGCGUGCUGCCACGGAGGCUGCCAUGGACCAACACUUUGAAGCACAAACCACCCUCCCGUCUGCGUCUACAUCAACCGCGGCUGCUACAAUUGAGCCCAGCACCCAUGCAGUCAACGAUGAUCUUAAAGAUAUUACCAUUGGAAGCAAGCUCAUCUCACGAGAACAACAGAAGCAUCUCCGAGAGCACCAGGCCCGCCGCAUGAAGGGUCUAGGCAGCGACCGGAACCUCUAUUUUAUUUGGAUUCCUCUUCUGCUUCUAGUUAUUUGCGCUUGGGUUCGGAAUUACGUGCCCGGUAUCUGGCAAGGCGUCACGGACAGCUAUGACUUUGUGAAGGCUCGCUACACACAGCAGGCUGUGGGAUUGGGCAUUUAG